AUGGGAGACGCCAAGCAGUCUGAAUUCCGGAAGACGCCCGCCGUCCUGCUCCCGUCCAAGUCCGAACUGACUCUGAUAUCAGAAAAUCUCCGCCUGAAGUGUACCGUAGAGGAAAUAGAUGGAUUUCAGGAAUACUUCGAGGGCACCAUGAAGGUUUACCAGCGGAUCAAUGAAAUCCCAGAACCGCAACUUCCGGUAAAGUAUCCAAGGACACCAGGACACAGAGAAACUAAGGACAAUUCUUGGUACUGGCGAUGUGACAUCACUGGUGCUGACACAGGGAAACUUGCUGGCAAAACUAUAGGAGUCAAGGACAAUGUCGCCGUGGCUGGAGUUCCUAUGAUGAAUGGCAACAGGCAACUGGAGGGAUACACCCCAGAGUUCGACGCGACAGUCGUAACAAGGAUGCUCGAGGCUGGUGGACGUAUUGUUGGUAAGACAACUUGUGAAGAUAUGUGUUUAUCCGGAACGUCAUGGACUUCCUCCUCUGGACCCAUUCCCAAUCCGUACUGUCCCACUCGAGCAGCAGGAGGGUCCAGUAGCGGCUCCGUGUCUCUGGUUUCCCGAGGGGAAAUAGAUUUGGCGAUCGGAGCUGACCAGGGCGGGUCUAUCCGCAUCCCGUGCAGCUGGUGUGGGAUUGUGGGAUUGAAGCCUACGUUCGGAUUAAUACCGUACACGGGGGCUGUGCCAAUUGAAAUGACUGUGGACCAUCUCGGCCCAAUGACGCGCACAGUGGCGGACUGCGCGCUCCUACUUGAGGUGCUAGCUGGAUACGACAACGGGACGGAUCCUCGACAACCACCAAACAUCGUAGUCCCUCCCUACAGUUCCAUGAUCUCGAAAGGAGUUCAUGGAAAGCGAGUUGGCAUACUGAAAGAAGGUUUUGACGGAGUCGAUGAGGGCGUGUCAACAUGUGUCAUGGAUGCAGCGUACAAACUUCGAGAGGCCGGGGUCGUGGUAGAGGAGGUGUCUGUACCACUACACACCGACGGAUUCGCUAUAUGGCUUCCUAUAAGUUAUGGAGCCUAUACAAUGAUGAUGAAAGGAAACGGAAACGGUGAGAACUGGAAAGGGCACUACUGCACAUCCAUGCAGGAAGCCUUAGCCCGAGGGUACAACCUUCGUCCUCACGACAUUAGCUUACCGUGUAAAAUGUUAGCGGUGUCCUGUGAGUACAUCGCCAAGAACUAUCAGAACAAGUUCUACGCCAAAGCACAGAACAUCAACCGUCUGCUCACCCAGGCGUACGACGAGGCACUUCAGACGUAUGACGUCCUGGUGAUGCCAACUCUGCCAUGUACCGCCAUGGAACUACCUACUGAAGACAUAUCAGUGUCAGAAACUCUUCGCCUGACCUUCGGAAUGAUGAAAAACGUUGCUCCCUUUAACGCCACGGGACACCCAGCCUUGACUGUCAACGCCGGAUUUUGCGAGGGACUUCCGGUCGGAAUGAUGUUUGUUGGUCGUAGCUUCGAUGACGUCAUGGUCAUGCAAAUGGCGCAUGCCUUUGAAAAAAUCAGAGACCAACACAAUUCAUAGAAAACGCAUAAAAUAGGGUUGGAAAUGUAUCGUUCAUUUUAAGCAUGGUUUACUGUAAAAUUAUUCAAAGAUGUCGGCUACACGAUUAGUCAAGCUUUUGACUGUAAACUUUAUUAUAUAUAUUGAAUUAGAUGUUUCGUCAGUACAUAGCUAUCAACAUUUAGAUCGUUCCUACGGGAGAGUAGGAAUAUUGCUGUAGUCUACAAUGUGAAUCUGUCUGCGUUUUUGCAGUUCCACGCUUGCGGCGUUCCGCCAUUUUGUAUGGACUGUAAAACCCGCCGUUGCAUUAUUAUUGUGG